CCUGACACACGCACUUCAGUAUACAUUGACAUUUUACCAGAGUCUAGUUCACGGUGGAGCUCAUCUUCAUCACAUUCACGUGGCCUAUACGAGUCUCCACAAGGUGCCAUUGUGUUCCGCUCCUCCUCUAACACGCCGCGUCGCAUGAGAGAUAUUGAUGCCACUGUAACUUUCGCCUCGGCCUCUGUCGUCAUUGCCAAAUCGUCCUAUAUCGUGUUAUUGGAUGGCGCACCCAUACACAACGAGGACACGAAACUCGAAUGCACUGGACCGUAUUUCACCGGUUCUGCGAACUCAUCGGAUAAAGGUCCAUUGCUCUACAGCACAGCCUUAGUUCCCAAGUAUUGGGAAUUCCUGUGCAAAUCUCCAGACCCCACUAUAUAUACCAUCCUUCAUGACGUGUACCGUCCUGCGGACCCAGAACCUUGUUUGCCAAGGUGCUCAGGCCGUCCACGCCCGGUUCUUAUCUUCUCUGCUGCAUACCACUUCCGGUACCUGGUCCCU